GUCAUUUCCAAACUUGCUCGCAACCACCGAUGAAGUCAGCUUCGUUACUGGCGACGGCGCUACUGGUGCACACAAGUAAUGGUCUUCGAUGGGAAGAGCACGACUUUCGCGUGAUGCUGGGCAAUCUCGGUCAAGUGGUGCCAGUCAACCAGUGUCCGGCGUGGGCGACACCUGUGACGGACCUGCACUUCACGGCUUCGUCCGGGGUGUGUCUUCCCCCGAGUACGAACUUGUUCCUCCAAGCAAGUGGCAACCUACUCAAGCCUGUGCCGUACCCUCACUCUGCGUACCAUUACAUUUUGGACAGUCCGUUGUUUACGUACUCGAAUGGAGCUGGAGUCGCGUCCUCGACCGUGGCUGCGUUGCCACGUGUAUCUGUGAGCAUCCUCAAGAACGUUGAUCCAACCUCCAGUACUUUGGUUCCGUCGACCGAGUGGGCGUACCAUUGGCAAGACUUUGACGAACACCGAAACGACCGCGUGUGGAGCCUCUUGUCGCCGCUAACGACAGCUCCUGGCGUGUACAAAGUGCAGUUGAAUGCGCACGACUACUUUGUCGACAGUGGCGUGUGCGAGUUGUGCUUUACCGUGACCGAUCGAUACCGUCCGAAGUCCAGCUCCCUUUGCCCUGCUACCCCCGGAGGGGGGGUAGCCCUUGGUUCGUGGUCUGCGGCCAAUGUUGCCACGCUGGAUGCGUACUUGGAUGGAGUCAGUUCGUUUGUCGGGUCUCGUGGCAACAAUGCCAACUGCAAUACCCCCCUCCCAGCCGGAGGUUCUGCGUGUGACGACACGAACACCGUGACGCCCACCGAUUGGUUCAGCUGCCCCUUAGCUACCGCUUUGGGCGACUUCAUCCCGGCAGAUUUUGCAGGGGGUGCGACUGGAUGUGUGGGCACUAUUUUGGCCACGGAUCCGUUGGCCGCUAAUGUGAUUACACCUAACUUCUUCAACUCCCCCUCUGUGUGCACGCGGACAGUUACGUUUGCGUAUAAGUGGUAUGAAUACUGGUCUCAGUUCAGCUGUGCAAGUUCUGGAGCCACUGGACUUUGCACCAGCGGUGCCGAUGGCCCGAACAGCGACUACGGGCCAAACGGAGGCGACGAGUCGGGCGUGACCUCGUCCAGCGCUUACGCGUGCGCCAACACGGUGUCGUUGUCGGCAACGGCCGACGAUUUGGUAGCGUCGGCAACUGUCAGUGGAAACCCGUCGCUCACAUCCAACGUACAGUUCAUCAGUGAUCCGGCCACCGUGUUCGCGGAGCCGUCGUACACUGCGCUCGGCGAUGCUGGAAACACUCAAAUUCACUUUUGGUCGCCGUCGAACGCCGCUCAAGACGCGGACUUGGACGUGCGCAACACGAUCACGGUGCCCAUCCAAAGCGUAUUCUCGACGACGGCGCUUGGAGGGCCCAUCGCGGGACUCACGCUUCCUGCUGCUCCGAGCCUCGUGUCGUUUCGAUGGUCGACCACGACGCCGCCCACGUGGAAGCGCUACAGUGCCAACGAAAACCUCGUCUUGACCGACUUUGCGACGACGGUGACCUUUGAAGCGUGGACGCACUGCGGCCAAAAGGGCAGUGCCGUGACGUGGACCGUGUACAACCACCGCCACCAGUCGAUCCAAAACGUCGACGAAUGGUUCCAGCCCCAGUGGUCGUACGUGUCCAAGCCCCGCUGCAACGUCCCCCACAGCGACUUUGGCGUGGUGCAGUUUGCCUUUGACGUGGAUGACCUCAAUGCUCGCAUUGUCAACUUGGACGCUGAAUCAGACAAACCCAUCGAGGCCAUUCUUCCCCCCACCGCCGCGCUUCUUGGAGACACAAACUACGUCCGGUGGUUUUUCAACAGUGUCAAAUGCGCGUGGAAGUACGGAGAAGCCUUGUCGGCCGCGGACUUUACGCUGUCAGACUACGCGUGGUCCAUCUCGGCUGACGACUUUGCCAGCACGGGGUCUCCCCCGAAUUAUACGCCCCAGACGUUUCAGUUCGCCCCCAAGUUGCUCAACCAGGGGGUGACCAAAGUGUCGGUGUAUUGCGACUUCUUCUUCACAGACACAUUGAAAGCCAACGUUGUGACGGUGUAUCGUGACGCAAGCUACGUGGGCGACUCGAAAUCGUUUCCCGUGGGCGCGUACGACCUGCCGUCUGGAUUCCUGGGCACGCCGACCCCGGCCAACGGCGUCUCGUCGCUCAAAGUGGCCCCGGGGUACAAAGUCACACUAUACCAGGACUUCAACCAACGUGGGUCGUCCAUCUCGCUCACGGCAGACACCCCGAGCUUCCUUGUCGGGUGGGACAACUUGGCCAAGUCCAUUCGGGUCACGGCGCUGCCCGGCACAACUGGGAUCAACUCGGUGACAAUUCACACGGACAAGAACUUUGUGUUUGAAAACUGCGACCGGCCUACGUGGGCCGACGCGUACUUUCCCACCGGCGAGACGUGUGUCGGCAACUGCAAAACCCCGUCCUGGCUCAACACGCCCGGGGGCCGUGUGGCCGCCCCCUUCCAGGCCAGCGGCGGCAACUUGAUCUUCCCCGCUGCCGAGUACACUGCCGCCGCCCCCAUUGGCACUACGUUUCACGUGGGCGCGAAUUAUGCGUGCUGCAGUGCUUGUGAUGGAGCCGCUGGGUUUGGAGCGAGUAUCACGUCCGUGUCAGCCCCCUGGACGGCGGGCUCACCUAUCUCGCGCUGCCAGCCGUCCAAUUAUGCCCCGCCCAACCCUAUUCCGACGCAAGUGGACCCGACCACGAACGCCGACCCGGACGCCACUCCUGUUCUGCUGGCGUUUGCUGACAUGAUGUCGACGUCGUCGUCCAGUAGUUCAUUGGCCGUUUUGGUGGUGAUGGUGGCAUUGGUGGGAGUCGUCGCAGCCGUUGUAUUCCACCAAUCGUCCAAGGCGCGGCAAUUCGUGGCGUUGGAUGACGCGUACACGUCGCUCACAGAUCCUGCGCUCUACUAGCUUUGUAUCCGUGGUGUAUGUAAUAUAGAGUAUAUAUUACAUACUUUAUGGCAUGGUAGGACAUGGUAGGACAGUUAUCCGGAAUCCGGUUAAAAAUUGUUAUACG